AAGCAUAGGACUAUAAUAAUUUAUCAUCAUCUUUACUUUAUGGGAUUCUCAAUCUCACCAUCUACACCAAUUUGAAGUUAUAAUACUAUUUAGCAUCCAAUUAACAAAACCCCUUUUUUAUCAGCUUUGUCCUCUACACUUUUCUUCUUUUCCCAGUUAGAAGAAGGUCAAGUAGAAGCUUAAGAGAAUGAACGAUUGGGCAGCCCCGCUCAUCGGAACAGCACUUUUUGCUUUCCUCUGUCCUGGAUUGCUCUUCCAGCUUCCCGGGAAGCAUAGGCCGGUCGAUUUUUUGAAUAUGAAGACUAGUAUACCCUCCAUGUUGCUGCACACCGUUAUCUUUGGUUUGCUCCUUAUUCUGUUCCUUGUGAUUCUUAAUAUACAUCUCUUUGCCUAGAUGUCGUUUCUGGUAAAAUAGGUUAGACAGUACUAUGAAAAUUUAUUUGUUGUAAUAUUGUCAAGAAUGAUCCCGGAAAGUAGAAUGAGAUUGACAGAUAGUAAUAAGUAAAUCUUUUAUUCAGUUAAGGUAUGUAUGUGUGUUGUUUUUCAUGCACUUGGAAUGAAGAAAGCGGAUCGAGGAGUUUCGCUUUAUCUUUUUAUCAA